AUGCCUAAAAAGGGGAAGAAAGCCAAAGGAGGAGGAAAAGGCAAGAAAGGAGGGUAAGUUUAGUUGCAUCUGAGGACCUGUCCGUCAAACAAAAUAACCGACAGGUCUAGCACUGGUUUGCGAAUUUGAUCAACAGUCUAGUCUGCAUAAAGCACCUUCAAAUAUUCUUAUGGCUUUCUUAUUUUUAUCUCUGUUUAUAUUAUUUAGAACUAUUUCCCUUAGAAUGUGAAAAUGAUAAACCCUUUGAGCCCUGAAAGUACGAAAAUAUCAAAGUACGAGAGUUUUCACAAUCUAUUUUAUAACCAAAUGGGGCAUCCAUCCCUCUAAGUAACGCACACUAUGAGUUUUUAUGGAUGUGUAAUGCUCAAAUUGUUUCUCUUGGCCAUAAUAGGAAAAAAGGUAAAAAGGAAGGAAAAAAGGCGAAGAAGGAAUCUGUUCUCAAGGAUGCUAUAGCUAAUGCAAAGUUGUGGGAGACUAAGUUGGAAACUUUGGAGAAAUCCCGUCAGGAGUACAGGUUAGUUAAGUUUAAGUUGCACGUUCUUUGAAGCCAAUCAUUUAGAUAUUGGUGCACUAACACAACACGAUGGGAGAGGAAAGAAGAUGGUAAACCUUGUGUGACAAACGUGACAGUAAUUUUGUUUGAACAAACUUUCCACCAAAUUUCACCAUUCUUUAAACAGGGGUGUUUGUAAUAAGACCAGAAAACAUAAUGUUAAGUGAUGGUCAUGACAAAACACAAAAGUAAUAGCCCUGUCACAUUUGUCGCACACAAGAAUUUUGCCGUCCUCUUCUUUUUGCCAUCCUGCUACAUAAACUCACUAUUGUUCAGGUACAAAUAUGAUAAGCAGGACUUGAAAAGAAAUUUGAACUCCUGCUCUGCAUCGGACAUGUACUUGUAGCUGAAAAAUUUUCACUUGCAUAUCAAGGCACUGAUUGCAUAAUGUGUAAGUUUCCUGUUUAGGUAGAAGAAUUACAUUUUGUAAAACUUGCCUAUUGGGCCAGUGCUUAUAGUCAACUCCUUUCUAACAAACACCUCGCUGACCCUGAUUAUAGAGGCAGACCCUAAAUCCCUAGCAAAAAUAAAACCGAUACAUUUGACUAAGACAAAGCCCCAUCAUUACAGAUUCUUGCUAUUAAAGACACUAAGUCAAUGUCCUGAGGUUGUCUGCAAUAAUGGGACUUGACUGAAUGAAAGGAAUUGAAGUUCGUUGUCCUGGUCUACCAGGUGGGACUUUUAUUUGGAUUCUUAUAGGUUGUAUAUUUAAAUGAAUGUCAUUGGGCAAUUCCAGAAAAUAUCCAUACCCAACCAUGGACGGCUUCCAUGUUUUAUGCCCCCCUUGCCUUCGGAAAUUCCAAAAUGUGUUACCCCCCCCAUGCCCUCAGAAUUCCAUAAUCGUGAACCCCCCUCCCCUUCGGAAAUCCUAAAAGCCGUCCGUGGUAUGGUAUGGAUAUUUUCUGGAAUCGCCCAUUAACAUUUUGUAAACUGGUCCCCUUUUGAUAUCAACAGAGACAAUGCCAAACGGUUGGUAUACGAGAAUGACAUGUUGCAAAUGCAGAUGUCAAGCACUGAGCGAGAUACCCUUGAUGUGAUAUCAUACCUGAAGCAAGAAGAUGCGAAGAAAGAUGAGCAGGUCUGUCAUAAAUAUUUUACAUGUGCUUGUCAGUCGCAUAAUAAGACUGUGGAACUUAUCCUUAUGGCCAGAGGUUAUCAUUCUUUAACCCUUCAAACCUAGACUGCCAGACAGUCGUUUUUUUCUCAAAAUCAGUAAAGAAAUUGGUAAAGCAUGGUUUUGCAGUCUACUUUAAAACCCUAAGAUCAAAAUCUGAAUUCUCCUUUUUUGCCCCUAUUUAUUUCCUAGAGAAGUAGUGGGGAGAAGUUGAUAAAAUAUCGGGCAAAUUCAUCUUGUGUGAUCAUGGCCGUAAUUCUCAUGACCACUUUGUCUUACAAAGCAUUGACAUUACAAGGAGAAAUUUGAUGCUGGUCACUCUUAUAGGGAUUAAUAAAGGGUUAAACAUACACCGUAUAUAUCCCUUGGUCUUCUGUAAUGCAGACACUUCAACAGUGUUGUCCAGCUCUCUCCUCUUCCUGUCACUCUUUCAUUCCAGGAGAUGCCAAAAAAGGAGAGAGUCACUCUCUUUUCCUCUUUCUUUUCAAUGAUAUUGUUAUUUUUUAUAUUUUUAACAAUAAAACUAUUCUUUUCCUUAAUUUUGUUAAGUAUUUAAUAAUGUUAACUAACAGUCACUUUUUUUAUGCAUUGUCUUAAUACAUAUAGGUGUCUAAGCUUCAACAAGCUCUUAAAGAAGUGAAGAGGGAGGCUAGGAAAGAACGACAAGCUCUUGUGAGUGUGUUUUUACUUAUUUCUAUGCAACAGUAACUCUUAUUACAUCAAUAAUUUAAAAUGUGAUGUGAAUACUAAUUUUGCUGGGAGUAUUGAAUUUCCUUUCUAUCUUACUUCUCAGUGAUGUGCAUCUCUAGGAAAUAUGGAUCAAUUUAGGCUUCUGGGAAACUGCCCACCUACUUCUCCCCUAAGCAAACAUUACUUCUCACUUAGGGCAAAAAUAUGUUGGCUUAGGGGAGGGGUAGCUAGGUGGACAUUUCUGUGUACAGUGGUUACACUGAGUGCUCUUGUCAUCCACGAAUAAUGUACCUUUAGAGAUCUCGGAGAAUCCUCCAGAAACAAUUAUUCAAUAUCAUACAUAUUAGCAUUAGUUUCCUUUGCAAUACCUUCACACUGUAGGUAGUGUGGCAUUAUGUAUAAAUUGCUUCUCUUGCAUUAAAUUAUUAACAAAUAUAAAUGUUGUUACAUUUACAUGUAGGUGGAUGAGUAUUCUCAACAGAUUCAUCAGCUUCAAGAAUCCCUUGCUGAAAAGACAAAUGAGGUAAAUAAUGUAUCAUAAUGAUUUUUUGUAUAAGUUUUCUGAAAUUUCCACCUGUGAUCAGAUUCAUGUACAUGUAAUGCAAACACUGUUGUCUUCAUUUGUUUUUCAUGAAACUACUCAAAAGCUAUUAAUAAUUAUCAAGGUGUGUCAUUUGAGGGCAUCUCUCAAAAACAAUGCAGACUCAUCUCUCAAGGAAUAUCUUCUAAAAUUCUGAGGGGCCAUGGGCAACUGACACCACAUUUUACGAAAAUAUACUAGAAUUUCCACAGAACCUGAGUCAAGACAUUAGGAAACUUGCAAUAGUUGUAAGUGACCAUAACUGUUGAUAUAUUUGUGUAUAACAACACUUCUCAGGUCAAACUCAUGCAAUCUGAGCUGAAACUUGUCAAGGAAUUCAGGAGAAAGAGAGCACAAAUGCAGCGGGAGCUGGAUGAGGUAUAAUUUUUAAGAAUAAUAUUUGACUUUGCUUUACCUGUAGUUGUGAUUGAAGAAGCAUUUUGCUUAUUCAUCCCCAACGUUUAUGUAAUUUUUUAUCAAAAAUCUUUGUUCUUUGAAAAUAGUGAAAUUAUGGCCUUUUUUGUUACAGAUAAAGGAAAGCAUGGUUGCUACUGAGAGACACCACAAGGAUACAUUGCAACAGAUGGAACACAAAUUUUUUGAAGAAAAGGUACAGGCAUUAUUUCAUGUGGUUGAACAUACAGUGUAUGUAACUUGUAAUGUUUUGGUAAAAUAAUAAUGAAUUGUUUUUGAUGAGUUGUGAUCUACAGUGAUUAUGUGCUUUGUCCUAAUUAUCAAAACACUUGUCAAUGAAAAAUAAACCAACAUUUUACAUUGGCAUACAGGAUGUGAAACAUUUGUAAUACUGAGGCUUGUUUAAAAUUAUGGUCAAAUGGUAUCAGGGUAGAUUAAUAACGAAGUUAAUAGUGAUAUAUAUAACACACAAAAGCAAACAGCAUCAGGUCACACAAACAAAAAGCAGUUUUCUCUUUUUUCCUUUCCGUAGGUGAAUAAUUUGUUUAGUUAGAAAACACUCUUUGAAUUUACACAUUUUUGUCUUUAGGUCCGGUUACAGCAGGAAGCGAGUAAAAAGAUUGCAGAACUUGCAGAAAGAGCACACUCCGAAGCAAUUAGGUACAUGAAGUUUCUUUCUUCUUCCUAGUGGAUUGGUAUUAAGUAGGGAGAAAAGAUGAUUAGGCUUAGAAAUUAAUCCUGCAAAGAGUAUAAUGCCUUUCAGUCAGUGCCCUGUUAUUUAAUUUUAUGUAGGUAGAAUUUCAGUGUACUCCAUGGGCUGCUAGGGCGGAUCCAGGUUUUUAGCAGAAGGGAUUCAAUGAAAGGGGGGUCCGGGAGCAUUAUUCCCCAGAAAAUUUUGAAAUUUCAAGUCCUCGGAAACACGAUUUUUGCCAUUCUGAGGCAAAGUCAGCCUGUUUUAAUAUCUCAUUUUUAAAAGUGAAAGUGCCGUUCUUUUUACAUCAAAAUAUUAUUGACAAAUCUGCGUAAAAACAGUGCAAAUUUGCAUUGAAAAACUUUUGGCAUGAUGCCAUUAAUUUUCGAACCCCCCUAGAUCUGCCCAGUGCAGAAAGAUAAAUGUGUAUAAGGCUUCCUUUCAUAGACAUAGGGACAAACAAUGUCAAAGAUUAAUUUUGAUAUACUCUCUGGGAUCAGAGUCAAGAUGUCAUCUCAUAAAACUGCCAUUUUCCUUGGUUUUCACAUUCCUUUCCUUCUGUUCACUCAUUUUUGGUAGCAAUUUGGAUGAAACAACAAGGUCUGUUUACAAAGAGAAUGUGAGACUUAAUGCUGCGCUGGAUUUUCACUUGAGAGAAGGGCAAGAAUUAAAAAAGGUAUGUUUAUUGCGACAUUGUAACCUAUUCUUCGCUGAGAACUCCAAUCACUGUAGUCUCCUUUUCUGUACAAUUUACCCACCAUUCAAGAGCUGGCACAAAAUAAUGCUGUACAUUAAAGCUGAUGAAAAUUAUGUUAAGUUAGUCAAUGAAAAGUAACUCACAAUCGCAUCGUUACUACUAAAGAACAGUCUGAAGUGCAGACAUGUCUCCAAAAUAAUUAAAGUUCAAUCUUACAGUACAUUCCGCGGGAAUUGCAACAUUACACUCGCGUUUCUUGCGUGUAAAUCCGCGAUAUUGCACGCAAAUUACACGAGAAAAAUACGCGAGAAACACGCGUGUUAAAAAAUACAAGCCGAAAUACUCGAGAAAAUACACGUGUGUAUUUGACAACUUUCAACUUUGGUUGAAAUUUGUGAAGCGUGGAACAACAAUCUCUCGCCCUCAAACCGUACUUAGAAUAUUGGUCAUUUAUGGGGGAAAAAUAGGAUGAUCGUGUCUCUCACCAGGUCAGAGAAAAAGGCCUUCUAUUUUAUAACGUAGUUAUAAAAGAGAACUUUCAAACUAUAACAAAUUCUGUCCCGUCUUUAUUGCUUACUGAAAGGAUAAAGAAAGCUUGGAUAAGAAGACGAUUGACCUGUUGGCUGAAAAGGUACGUUUUUUGUUGGAGAUAAAACCGCUCGCGUUUAAUCAGUUCAUGAAAAUGGAUGCCAGCUUGUCUAUAAUUACUACAAUGCAAAUGCUAGACCUCGUGGCAUCCCGUAUUGCUGGUUUGCACGUGACGUCAGCGCGGCCAUGUCAUUGGUGGUCAAGAACAAAAGCAUUUCCCUCCUCUAGGAACUAAAUACAUUAUACUCAGAUAAUGUUCAUUUUUUGACUGCUAUGCAUUUACGCUGUUCUUUAUACGCUGUUGUUCUUAUUUUUGUUGUUUUUGUGUUCUCUUCAAAAGGAAUUAAACGGCAUGAUAGUGCAAGAAAAGAUCGUAGAAAGUAAACAUCAGAAAAAAGAAAUUACUGAGGUGUGUGUCUUAAUUUGAUUUUUUCCUUUUAAGACAUAGGAAUAGUGUUAACCUGCGUAUAGAUUUGUUCCCUAUUAGGGAGCUUAAGCAGAGAGGUUUUUGACUGACACACGUCAAGCGGAAGUGACUCUUUUUCCCACUUUCCAAGAAUGCAAAAAGUCCACUUCCGGUUAACGUGCGUCGCUGGUUCUACUUUAAUAGGGUAAAAAAAACUCUGCUUCGCUUUCCGACGACAUAAACCUUCAGGUGACAAUGGUUGCUUCCGUUACCACCAGCGUCGGUGCCAUGCGAUAAUAUCUGUUCACACUUAAGUUGGCUUUGGCUAGAGCGCCGCACCGGCAUUGUAGAUCUCAAAGUGUGAAUCCCGCAAACCUGAAUUUUUUUCAAGCCUUUUUUUCGCAACUACAUAAGUUGGGUCUUUAACUGUGAUGAUCUUCUUUUCAUAUAUUUCUUCAUGUCCUUCAUUCCGCGGUUCCAAUAUAUAUAAUUCGUAUAUUCAUCAUUUCGUCACCACUCUGUAUUUUCUAUAAAUAGCUUAAUGACAAAGUCAAGACCUUGGAGAAGUCCCUUAGUCACGUGGUGCGUGAAUUCGAGGCUGAACGAGCUGCCCUGGAAGGGAAAGCCGAAGAUGACACGCGGAACAGCAGGUUUGUGAACAUUCUGUUUAAGACUUUUCAUGCGAGGUUUCCGGUUUCGGGUGACAUCGGCCUUUGGCCGACAAUCUCUCGGCCUGCGACCGACACCGAAUCAUCCCGCCGGACGCGAGAGAAAAACUUCUGGCCCCCAGGGUAAAGAAAUAGUGGUAACUUCAAAAUUUUGCUAACAGCCGGUUUCGCUUUUUGUCGAGUUCCCUACGUUCAAGUUCACUGCCUUUUCGCUCUAUAUUACCUCCUGUAAACCAUUAGAAAUAUUUCCUUAAUACCACUAGAAAAAUUUUUUUAAAAUUUAUAUCAUUAUUUGCCGUUCUUUUACGCUUGCCCCUCCGAAGGUGCAAGUUUUGGACUUUGACAAUAGGUAGAGCCCAAUAUCUAGGUAGCGUACUCGAACAUAGCGAAUUUGAUACUAGGUAGCUAAACCAGUAUAAGGCCAAACGUUUUAAGCCAUAAAACCACAAACUAAUUACAAUUGCUGUUUGUCGGUUAGAUUUCUUACGGCUUAUUCAUAUUUCCUCGCAAGACAAUAAAAUUCCAUAAAUAUUUCUGGUGUUCCCGGUUUUGUGAGUUUCACAGUGAGUGUGAUGUAUGACUUUUGAACUUGUUUCAGAGCUGAGAUUGCACGGUUACAGAGAGUAGUUGAGCUAAAAACAAGGGAGAUGAAUCGAGUCAAGCGACUGGCCAAGACUAUUCUAGAUCAGGUAAGGACACUCUAUUACGCUCGUAAAUCACGUGAGGAAACUCGCUUUAUGCCUGAUAGUAAAUGGGAUGUUAGUAAAACGAGGAACGGAGAACGGGGAAAACUAUGAAAAACUGGAACAAAACAGAGAAUUGGACGUGAGGUUACUGAUAGGAAUAGGGUACAAGUUAGGUUUUUUUCAAUAGUUCGUUUAAUUUACAGCUUCCCUGCUAGUAGAGAGGCCUCUUUUCACGAUAUUCGGCGGGCGGGAGGAAAUUUUCUUUCCGCCCGCCGAAUACCGUAAAAAGAGGCCUAUGCUAGCCGAGAAAUUUUCAGCUCUUUGCAAGCAAUAACAAAGGAAAUAACAGCCAUCAAAAACUGCGAAAUUGCUGGGUGGUAAAAACGUUAUUGAGCUCAUACAUUCUUCGUAAAUUUUUGGGUUUUCAAAGAAGAUCUCUCCGAAACUGUUAGCUAUAUCGGCCUCAAAUUUUCAGAGAUAACUGAAAUUGUUAUACCCUUUCAAUGUCUGAGAUUUAAUUCAUUAGCGUCAUCAGAUAAGGAUAAGCAUAUGAUAAUAAUGCAAAACAUGUAAGCAAAGAUUCCCCUAUACCGCUAGCCUGCGUAGCGUGGCGGUUUUGGUUGGGCGCGCUAAUGGCGCGCUAAAUAAUAAGGGCGGGCGAGGGCAGAGAAACCGCGAGGAGAUUGGGGCGCGAGCAACUUGAACUUGAACUUUUUGUCUCGGCUUUGCCGCCCGUUUGCGCGCGCCGCGUGUUUGCGGCUUCGCCGCUCAGUCGUGCUCCCGACAAAACCGCCAUGCUACGCAGGCUACUAUACCGCAAAAAAGUAGCCUCUGUUCGCAGGGUACAAUCGAACCUCCUACAACGGCCACUUCUCUACAACUGCCACUUUUUUGGCGGACAAGACAUACAUUGACUCCUGUUUAAAACUCUCUAUAACCGCAACUUUCUUCUGUCCCCAAGGUGAUCGUUGUAGAGAGGUUUAACUGUAUUGUUUUUUUUCGGUGGUGGGGAUGCCAUGUACCUUACCAUGUGUAUUUUGCUCUUGUUUGUUAGAGAACGGAAGUGGAACAGUUUUUCUUGGAGUCGCUGGAAUAUGUCAAGAAUGAGAUCGUUCGGAAUAGGUACAGUAAGUUAUUACAUAAGUGUGUUCAUUGUGCAAUGAAGUUCUGCGAAUUUAUGUCCUGGGGUUGCACAAAAUAUGGAAAUCGCGUCUACAGAGAGUACGGCCCUCAGCUUUAAUUUGGGGCAGUGAUACCCCUUUACUAUGUCAUCCACAGACUCAAAAAGUUAGAACCACCUUGUAAAGCAUAAUAAACAGCAUCACAGGAAAGUACAUCUCAGUAGCUUUCAUUUGAAUGGUCACACUAUAGGAUUUCAUCCAAAGACUCAAAAAGGUAGAACCACCUUGUACAGCAUGAUAAACAGUACCAUACGAAAAUGAUGCUCUUUCACCCAAAUGGCUACAGGUUACGAAUGCGCGUCAUUUUUACAGGGUUUAAAUAUAAAAAGCCUGUUCAUAACUUUCAGUAAGGUAGCAAUGUGACGUUUUUUGUAGAAUACAAUAUCGAAAAGAUGCUCAACACGCCUACCAACAGCGCAUGCUCGAAGCACAUGCUGGCCACGGCGAUUUCCCGCGCGUCAGAACUUUCCGCCAAUUAGACAGCAGCACAAACAACGUUUUUGACGACCUUAAAGAGGCCGAGCGGUGGACUGGAAUCCAAGGAAAAGUCGACAUGGCCGAGUUGACCUGGGAACAACGCGAACGUAUAUUGAGAAUGUUGUUCGCAAAAAUGAAUGGUUUUAAAGAAAAAAGAAGGUAUGAUAUAUAUAUUUUUGGUUUUUAAGUAUGCAUAUGCUUUAUGAAUGAAUGGAAUGAGCAAAGGCGUUUUCACCCGCUCAUGAGCACAUUUCAAGUUAUAAUAAACAAUAAUAUUCUGGGCGACUUUUGCACGGUUUUAUUAUUACCAACAAUAUUUGGAUGUACAGGUAUGCAGCAUAUGCCUUUAAAAUCAGUGCUUUGUGUGGUCCUUGUUUCUGUUGGUGUUAAGUGCUACAAGGCAUUUGUCCAGGGCCGGGUUGUUCAAAGCUGGGUUAAGAUAACCCAGGGUUAGUGUGAAAUUUGAAUUCAGAUAUGAAGGAUUAAAAAGAAAAUUCAGUUUAAUUCUUUUUGUCAACAAGUUGAUGAUUGGAUGCUCUUAGAAUAACAGAGAAAAUUAUCCGAGAAAAUGCUUUUGAACAAAAGAAAAAGAAACCCGGGUUAAAUUUAACCCUGGGUUAAGCGCUAAUCGACCUUCGAACAACUGGGCCCAGAUGUGAUAAGAGAUAGGAGAUACUCUUCUCGCCAUGGUGACAUCUGUGAUCUACAACAGGGAACUUAACAGUGGCGGAUGUAGGGGAAGGGCCCGGGGGGCCUGGCCCCACCUUGUUUUCGACCAAACUGAGGCCCAAAGGGCGAAAAAAAAAUUUUUUUGGAGACCGCCCCCUCUCCCCCCCUCCCCCCCCCCCCCCUUAUCUCAAGGGAUGUACAACAGGGAACUUAACAGUGGCCGAUCCAGGGGAAGGGCCCGGGGGGCCUGGCCCCACCUUGUUUUUCGACCAAACUGAGGCCCAAAGGGCGAAAAAAAAAUUUUUUUUGGAGACCGCCCCCCCCCCCCCCCCCCCCCUCCCCUCUUAUCUCAAAGUCUGGAUCCGGCACUGCUUUAGCGACGACGAUGACGACUGCAGUGAAAACGUCGCUGAAAAAAUGAAUUUACGUUCCUUCAUAGGCAAUUUUUCUUGGAGUUGAAUUCUUAAGAACAUUAUCCAGGUUCCAAAAGAAAAAGGAAAAUUAGUCGUCGUAUGUUCAUGUCCUCCAUGAAAAGUCGCACUGGGAGGUUUUACGUCGUAGUCGUGCCGUGAACGUCAAAGAAAUGUACUGCAAAGCGUGAUGCACGUGCAGAUCUGUUUCUUUGCUCAUAAAGCUAAUCGUCCUUUGACGUUGUCGUCGUCGUUGUGUUUGCUUAAGCUCUCCAAUAGGGAGCUUAAGCAGCGACGUUUUUGAGCGACGCACGUCAACCGGAAGUGAGGUAUUUUCCCUCUUAACAUGCCUUGAUGAUAUAAAAUUUGUAUUCCUUAGCUUCUUUACUGUUAUAGAGGCGAUUUGACUGAAAAUUUGCGCGAAACCACCGUCAAAAAAUGAAAAAAGGCCACUUCCGGUUGACGUGCGUCGCUCAAAAACGUUGUUGCUUAAGCUCCCUAAUAAGAGAAAUGCAACACAAAGUAAAGUUUCUUGCUAAAGGAACAAAAGUGAGCAGUCACAUAAAGGAAUUUUUUCAACCUGUUUUAAUUUUACUUUGUAGACCAAAGGUGCAAUCUUUGGAGGCUAUGCCUCCGGAUUCCCAAUCGAAAGCAUUGCCAAGUGUAGAAAGACAAACACAGGGACCGCAGGGAGACAGCACAUUCCUCACACAACAAGAAGUUGACGCAUCCUCCCUCCCUGCGGCCCUUCCACCUGUUACUAGUGCCCAGGCUUCAGCAGCAGGCGCUGUCUCCAGUUGA